AUGACAGAUAUUUCUUAUGUAAUUCCAAUAGAGGAGGAACCAUAUAAAUAUAUGAAAAUUUCAGAAAUUGUCUGCUCGCCUAAUUUAAAAUAUGUUGCUGCGUUGUACGAAUAUGGCAAUAUUAGUCUUUGGCCUAUUGAACAGCCUGAAAAAAUAAUCAAUAUUGGCAAGAUUCACAUAAAAAGAAAUGGCAAAAAAAUAUUUGCAAUUUCAGAUAAAUAUAUUUCAUUCAGUAUUUAUAGAGACAAACCCUAUAAUUUCAAAAUUUUAGAUUCUGAAAAUGAAAAAGAGAUAUUAUUAAAAUUUCCAGAUCACCAAAAGGAAAUUGACUAUUUAUCCUUUAUUGAUAACGGAAAUAUUAUUAUGGUCAACGCUAAAUAUUAUAGAGCGUAUGUUUUUUCAGAUAAAGAUAAUAUUAGUUGGGAUUGUAAAUCAAUGAUUGAGCUGAAAUAUUUUAAAAAAACUUAUAUUACUCUCAAAGGCAAAUUGAUUAUAUUUAAUGAUACUAUUUAUGAAAUCAUGAUGUGGGAUGUUGAAGAAUUAUCGAUUAAAACUCGUGUUUUAAUAGAUUGGAAUUUUACACCUGAAAAUAUUGAAAUUAGCAAUGACGAAAAAUUAAUAGUAGUGUGUUCAAGAAAUAAGGCAACUAGGGAAACACGUGUAUAUGUUUUUUCCACCGAAACUGGGAUAAAUCUGUCAUCUUUCACUACAAAAUUGGUAAUCAAUAGAAUCCAUUUGAUCGCUUCUAGAAAAGGAGAGAGAUUAUUAUAUAUUUCAAACGAUGAUGACUAUAAUUUAAUGGACCCUUAUAACCUAAAAAAUCCAAUAGAUGCAAGUGAGCUUUUUGAAAGGCAUAAAAUUCAAAUUAAGGAACCAUACAUAAUUCGAUCAGAUGAAAUAUCGGAUAAAAUAAUUUAUACGAUUGACGGAACAGUUUUAAUUGAAGAAUUAGUACCUGAUUAUGAUAAUUGGAUUUAUUACUUACGAAAAGAAUUGAAUGACACAAAUUGCAUUAUAUCUCCAUCUAAAAACACAAUUGAUAGUAUAAACAACUUAAUUGAUGAAUAUAAUACUGACAAAAAAGAAUUUCAAGGGGUACUUUUAAAAUGGGGAUUAGAAAUAGACAAUAAAUCAGUCAGUCUUAAAAUAAUGAAUAAAAAAAAAAAGCAUCUGGAUAUUCUUCCAUCAUUUUAUCCUAAUGGAAAAAAUUAUGUACUAUCCUGUGAAAUUCUCGAAAAUGACGAUUUCAUUACGAUUACACGUAUUGGUGUAAUUAUCUGGACUUACAAAAAUUCUGGAAUUAAGAUGCAUUAUUAUUGGAAUUAUUGGAAUAAUCGUUUAGAAGGGUUCGAAUUUGAAAGGAUAAGGUUUAAAAGUCUCCUUAAAGACUGGACUCCGGGAAGAAUUCUUCCUGCUUCAAGCUAUGAAACAAUCUAUAUGAAUUUAAAUAUUAAAUUUGGCAAAGAAGAAAAACAGCUUUUCAAAAUAUUUUUGGAAGAUAAUAUAAAAGAAGAAUUUUAUUUAACUUGCUACGGAAAUAUUCUCAUGAAAACAUUCAUUAAAUUUAAUGAUGAUAAAUGGAUUAGAUUUUUAGGUGACAGUUGUAUGAAUAAGUUUGUGCAAGAUAAUAAUCAUUUUAUUUCUAAAAUUUCUUUAUUAUGUAUUAUUUUUGAAAACUUCAAGGAAUUAUCAGAAAAUUAUCCUACAUUUAUAGCAAGUACUUUAUCUAUGAUAGGUUUCGUGGUUACUUCUAAUAUUGUGAUUCCAAACUCUACUUCUUCUCAUCUUUCCAGUUAUGGAAUAUAUUAUCAAUUAUCUAAAACAUCAAUUCUUGAUACAUUAAUUUCCAGAUUUUGGAAUUAUUGGAUUGGGUUUUAUGAAUGCCACACAAUUAAACUUCGUGAACAUGUAAUUGAUACUAUUCAAAAUAAUAAUCCGUCAGACUAUAAAAAGCCUUACAUUUCAAAGAAUAUUAAAGAAGUCCUUCAACUCCCUGAAGAAGAGCCCUCUCUUACAGAAAUUAGAUUGAAUAUUGAAGACUUAAAAAAUUUCGAAAACCGAAUUGUACGCCAAAUUAAAGAGCUAAAAAAAUCAGAAACAAGCAACUAUAAACAAAUUGAGAAUGCCAUUAAGGACAACUAUAAACAAAUUGAGAAUGCCAUUAAGGGGUUGAAAAGAAACAAUUAA